ACCUGUUUAGAGCAUGUUGGUUGCUCACACUUUGGGGCAAUUACAGAUAAAGCUGUUUUGAACAUUCAUGUGCAAAGUACGUGUAUAGACUGAGGGUUUUUUUUUUUUACAUUUAUUUGGUGUGUGUGUGUGUGUGUGUGUGUGUUUGGUGUGCAGGCAUGUGCUCUCUGUGGUGCAUGUGUAGAGAUCAGAAAACAACUUGGCUGGAAUUGCUUCUCUCCUUCUGCCAUGUGGGUUCCAGGGACAAAACUCUGGUCCGCAGGUUCAGUGGCCCUGGAUUCAAGUUUUAAUUUCGCCGUGUUAAAUGGCCAGAAUGCAAUUGAUGGGCCUUAAGGUGACGUGCGGUCAGAUUUCUCUCUCUUUAUUGUUUUGAAACAAGGUCUUAUUGUACUGCCCAGGUGGCCUCUGACCUUUUGGUUUUGUGGGUCUUUCUGUUUGUUCCUACAACCUGGGCAACCUCCCCUGCCGUGUUGUAUUCCUGGUCCUGGCGGAUUCGGUUUUUAAGUUCAUCAGAUUACUCAGUAAGUUGAUUUGGCCAACAAAGACAGGUUUUGAGAUGUGUGUUUUUAGCCCUUCAUGUGACUCUGCCUCCGUGCCUGGAGACUCACUGUGGAACCCUGCUGUGUGUGCCUUGAAUUGGAACCAAGACUACCUACCUGUGAGCAUGCAGUCCAGACUAGGAGUUUCUGUUGACUUCUUUCUUUAUAAGUCUGCCUCUGUGACCAGGUCCUCAAAAUGGGACUACAAAUAAAAGUCGUUCAAAAGGCCAGGUGAUGGUGGCGGUUUAAUGCUAGCUUUCAUAGCCAGCCUGGUCUACAGAGUGAGUUCCAGGUCCUCCAGAGCUACACAGAGGAACUGUCUCAAAAAAAAAAAAAAUUGUUUUCUUUGUCAAGUAGUUUAAACUGUUUAUUUAGAAAUAGCGCAACAGCACAUAAUGCACAUAGACGAAGGUAAACUUCCACCUCCACCAAAGUGAACAAACUGGCAGACUUGUAAUAACAUCUCUCUGUUGUUGUAAUAACAUCUUCUGUAUGUGUAGCAAUGUGCCCAUCAUGAAGCUUCAUGUCCGUGUGCGUGUCCCCCUGAUGGCCACUAUAGCACAGUGAUCACUUUCCUUGUUCGGUUAGAGGAUAAGCAACCUUCUUGAAACUCAUGUUCUGUUGUAAAAGGGAUAGGAAAGGUACCUUUUCAGAAAAAUUCCAGUUUUAAAUUUAUCUUUUAAACCAACACCCAGUGAUAAAAUUGUACAUGCUUAUGUCAUGCCUUGUGCUGUUCAUCAUGUGUACAGUGUGGAACGUUUCCAUCAUCCCUGUCUUCUCAACCAUCAUCAAGCUCUCCAGCUUUUUGGAAAGACAUAGUGUAUUAUCAUCAUGUCCAGUCACCCCGCCUCGUCCUGCUAUCUAACUCUAGUUUAGCACCCAUUCACCAGCCUCUCCCCACCUCCCCUCCCCCUACCUUUAAGGACCUGAAGAAGGUAAGCUUUAUCCCUUGAUCCAUGGGCUCGGGUUGAAAUAGGGCGGGCUGUAGCUUUACUUGCCAGUAAAUCGAUAGAAUCUGGAUGUUAGGCUGUGUUCCCUCAUUUAUUAUAAAUAAUGCAAGCCUCGCUGGUGAUGAUGAGCCCUCUUGCUGAACCCCGGGGAGGUGGGGACUGAGCACAGUUGGUUUCAGAGAGUGUUUGUCUUGUCAUCAGCUGCUUAGUCAGAUGGAGUGUUUUCUUAAUGCUCCCAGAAUGUACAGUUCAGUCUUUGUUUUGAAAUCAUUCCUUCUGUCUUCUUUCCCUCCUCCAUUACUUUGAUUACCUUGAUGAGACAUUCAAGCUGUGAGGUCGUAUCCCUUUAUUUCCAUAGCCUACAGAAGCCAGUUUGAUGGUUAACUGUAGGUGAGCAGGGAAUUGUUUCUACUUGGCUGGAAUUCGCCCUUAGAGAUGAAGCACUUGUUGACAAAGACCCCCCUAGGCUUGGAGAUGUGAGCAAAGGUAUCUGGGUUCUUUAGAUCUGUAGUGGAAAUCAGGGUGAAAGCUUUGGAAGUUUGACUUAGCGAAGCAGGAUGUGGUAUUGAGGAGGCAGAGACAUUGUGAGUGAGAGUGUUAGAGAGGGGGAGAGGGAGAAAGAAUGAGUUUUGUGUGACUGUGUGUGCAUAUGUGCGUCUCUGUGUGUGCACAGCACACACACACACACACACACACACACGAUUUUGGGAGACAAAGAAUCCAAAGGUUAGAAUAGAAAGGAAUUAUGGAUUCAGAUGGUCUCCAGCACUGAGUUACCAUGCUCUGAGAGGGAAGGUUACUGGGGCAAGACAAGUAAUAGGAUGGGAGUCUAAUAAUCACUUCAUUAUGCAGCCAUUUGAGUUGUCUGGGUGAUGGAGUUUGAGGACAGGGGCUUCUUUUCUGCCCCUUUUCUAUGUGAGCAGCUCAGGAAGGAAGGCUAAGAAAUAGCCCUGUGUAGAAAAUUACACCCAGAAAUGGCUCCAAGAUUUCCAUCGCCGGGUUCUGAAAUGAGCUGCCCCUGACAGCAAUUUGAUCACGUUGCCGACUACCUUUCUCCGAGCCCCUCAUCAGGUCCUCAGACUGUGUCUUGACAGCUUCAACUCCUUCUGUUGGCAGCGUGCUCGCUACAUUUUCUAUUACAGGAAUUUAGCAUUUUGCUGUGCCUGAGGUGGGUGGUUGCUAGCCUCUUGAUAUUGGAUACCUUUCCUGAGCUAUGAAGUAUUAGACCAUAGUGGAUAAUAAAAUGCCCACUAUUACAUUAUAGAACAGAUUCUGGGAGCUGUAACGGGGGAGCAGGGCGGGGUGGCACACCCGCGUUCUGCUUGAGGUAGCUCGCCAGAAAGUGCUGUUGAACCCAAGCUGGUCGAGCCUCAGCUGUGCCAGUUCCUAUGUCUGAACAGGAAAGUGGCUCGUUAAAGAUUAAAGGGCUGCUUGGUCCUCCUGGCCCCAAGAUGGAAUGAUCUCUGCUAUGGCGACAGCCUCUCUUUCCCAGGAGAGGCCAUUUUAUACAGCGGGUUUGUGCUUCCAAAUGUUACAGUGAGCUGCACUGGCUGAUACGGUGUCGAUAAGUUGACAUUUGGGCACUCUCAAGACAUAUGAGCUCUAUAGCGUCCAUGGUUUGAAUUUCUGGGAAAACUGCCUCAUCAGGAAGUCAAAAGCCUCAGCUUUCAGCCUGUCCCCAUGAGGAGGUGGUCUCUUUUGUUCCAUUUGACUGUUCUCUGGAGUCAGGUGAACUUGCAUUUUCUCAGCAAUAAGAAUUCUAUGAAGUCCCUUGUGCUGCGUCCCAGGUGUGAGGGCGGCUCAGUAUAACCAGACCGCAGGUGACAGCAGUUAAGAAAAUUGUCUUCUGGAGACUUGAGAAAAAUACCAGACCAACCGAGAAAAUAGGUCGCGGUUCAGCUGUAUUCCGUGCGGUUCUUGUGGGUAGGAGGACUGAUGUCGAGGACCCGUGUGACUACUGUUCAACUCCGUGAUCCUUGGGGGAAAAAAAUUCAUUUUACUCUGUGUGUGCUCAGGUAAAUAGCAGUAACGUCCAGGCACCAUCGCCAGGCUGGUCUGUUUGAAGCACCUGUGACAGGAUUCUGGGGCGUGCCUCCACUUGUGUUCAUUCAGAGCUGCUGAGGGACUGGGAUGGAAAGCAUCGUACCCUAAGCACUCUCCAGGGUCCUUAAGCAACACUACAGUUGAUUCUUUAGUAUCCUACAGCUUACUUCACUUGCCUGGUUAAUUAUGUGACUUAUUAGAUGAUGUGGUACCCAUACUGUUUUUUAAAAUAGCGGGCAAUCCUGUUUAUUCGAAGAGGCAGGUGGCCAAAGAGAUGACUAAGUGGGUGGGACACCGCCCCGUUCGUAGAAGACCUGAGCUUGAGUCCCAGCACCCCCAUCAUCCAUAGCGCUGUCUUCAAGGAGAACGGAUGCCCCCUUCUGACCUCCACAGGCACUGCAUUUACACACAUGUAUCAGGAGGGAUACAUGUUUAAAAAUAAACUUUGAAAAAAAAAGGUAUGCUUAGCCAAUAAGAGCCCUCCACACCAAUGAUCAGAAUUUGGCAGUGUCCGGGACGCCACUGGUUCUUGGAAAUUUGGGGUUUGUUGCUUCACUUUCAGAGAUAUGAAUGAAUGUAAGAUUAAUUUUAUUGUCUAGAAGAAAUGUACUAAGUGGUGGGCAUGCCUACAGUCUUAGCAUUUGGGAGGCAGAGAGAGGAAGAACAUUCGUUUGAAGCCAGUCUGUGCUACAUUCAAGAGUCACCAAAAGAAAGUUAGAUUUUCUCCUUGAUUCUGUACCUGUUGCAGCUCCUUCCCUAAAUCUGUUGCCCCCUUUGCAUGUGCUUGCUCAUUCUGUGUGGACUUAGGAGCCUAAAGAGUCUUGAGGAAUGAAUAUUCUAAUUUUCUUUUCUCAUACUUGUUUGUUAGGCUCUAUUGCAGGAAAGAAAUAUCAUUAUAUAUGCUUAGUUCAAAACAAUGUGUGAGCUAGAUGCAUGUUGUUAUUUGAGACAGGAUUUCUGUGUGUAGUCCUGGCUAUCCUGGAACUAGCUCUUUUAGGCCAGACUGUCCUCAAACUCACAGAGACCCGCCUGCCUCUGCCUCCUGAGAGCUGGGAUUAAAGGCAGUAAGUUUAAAUUUUUUUAAUUUGUAGUAUGUGGCGGGAGAGAGGAGAUGACACAGAAACAGCAACUUCUUGAGAGUUAGUUCUCACCUACCUCCCUAGUUGUGAGGCAGCCUGUCAUGGUUUGUACUGGCCCAGAAGCUAGCUAACUGUCCUGUCUCUGCUCCCCUCAUUCUUCCCUUUGAAUGCUGAGAAUACAGACAUACACCUCUGGCUCCAGGGUUAGAGCUUGGUUUAGCUUGUUCUGCUUGCAUAGCAAGCACUUUUACCCACUGACCCUUUGAAGUGUGUGUGUGGGAGAGAGGUCUCAUGCUAGCCUAAAACUUACCGUGUACCCAGGCUGGCCUCAAAAUUAUGACCUGUCUCUCAGCCUCCUGAAUGUUGGGAUUACAGACAUGUACCACCACAUCCAGCUCAUUUAUUUUUUCAUAUGUACAUAUAUGCUACAACUGUCCAUAUUAAAAAAAACCUAUUAAUAAUUUUGGGAGAUGGUUUGCUUAAGUUUUAAAAAUGAAAGAUCUUAAAUGACAGAACUGUACUAUUAUUUCCACAGCCUCAUAAUUUUCACUCAAUCUCCUAAAGCCUCCAGUGCCCAAAGCCAUUAGUUCACAUUUAGCAUCUUUUAUGAGCUCUUUCUUUUCCAAUCUAAAAGGAGGCACUAGGGUAGAUAGAGUGAGGCUAUGUUUUGGAGAAACAGAUUAAAGCUGUCAGAAUCUCAGGAGAAUGCUGGCCCUCCAUAUCCGAAUGGUAUCUUAGCAGAUUAGGAGUUCCACACUUUGAGUUGGUCUUGGCAUGGUUCACGUGACUUCUAACACGCAUCCCACUGCCUAGAUUUUUAUCAGACUAGGAGGAGCUAAUAUGAUAGUUUUUUAACAACACUGCUAAAAAGAGGCUGGGCGUGUGUGACCCUGGAGUGUUGUUUUAUAUUAGCCUGUGUGGGGCUUAUCCUCAGCUACAGAAGGAUUUUCUGGAGUGUGGCUGGUGAGAUAAUGGGUGUCGGCUGCUCCACAGAUGGCCUUAUCCUUCUAGAAGAACUAAUGAACACGCUGUGGGGAAACUUGCCUUUAAAUACCUCCAGUUUUUUGAAUGGGCCACACCGACUGGGAAGAAAACCAGUGAGCAUUUAUAAUACCUCAGAGUGGCUGCCCUCCUGGAAUGUGGUAGUUCUUUAGACUCGAGCAAAUGGGACCAAACAGAGCUUGUCUGUUGGAAGGGAGUAAAGUAGCAUAGUUUUAAACUCGGAUUCUGUCUGAUGUAUUUCUUGUUUGUUGGUUUUGUUAUUUGGUGGCAGGGUCUCACUAUGUAGCCCUGGCUAUCCUGGAACUCACUGCGUAGAGCAGGCUAGCCUUGAAUUCACAGAAAUCCACCUGCCUCUGCUUUCAGAGGGCUGGGAUUAAAGUCAUGUACCACAUGCCAGGUUUGCCUAAGCAUUUUAAUCUAGCAUUUAUUGACGGCAGCUCCUUCCAGAGUCAUGACAUCUGUAAUCUACCUUGAAAGGUGGAAGAAGCCAGGUGUGGGGGCUGUGGAUGUCAUUGCUGAGCGUAACUGUUGGACUUGAGGGGAGCGCUCGUUUUCACCAGAGAACAAAGGAUAUCAUGUGAACCUCAAUUUCUUCUCAAAGCAUCCAGAAGCUAGGGCCAUGGCUCAGUGAGUGAGAGCUCUGACUCCUUUUCCAGAAGACUCAGUUCCUAGCACCUGCAUUACAUGGCAGCCCACAGAAAUCCAUUAAUGAACUCCAGUCUGGAAGGUCCAAUAGCCUCUCUGGCCUCCUCAGGCAUCUUGUGCAAGUACGGUGCACAGACAGAAACCCACCACAGAAUGAAAGCACCCAGAUUGCAAGGAUGUGAUCUGUGUGUGUGUGUGUGUGUGUGUGUGUGUGUGUGUGUAGCACCAGUGCCAAUUCUAGCCUGUCAGGGCUAAUUCAAUAAUAAUAAAUAGCUCUUGAUGAGCCAGUUAUUCUCAAAUUGAUUUUUAAAUAAACAGGCUAAUAAGGAAUUGACACACAUUUAAGGACUUUGCUUUUUAAGGAUAAAUGUUAAGAUAAGUCAAUCUCCUAUCUUCCUUAGGCAUCCCAAAGAUAUGACAGUAGAUGAUGUCACUUUAGCAGGGAGUGUGGCAACUGGGGAAGAAGAAUCCUGCUACUUUUGUUUUAACGAGAGAAGUCUAGUUGUCUAAGGAAAUAAGAGAGGUCAGGGGAGGCUGAGUGGUGAAGAGAAGUGAGCCUGGUCUGGACUGAUAAAAAUUCAGCAGUAGGAUUCCCCCAGCCGCCAGCGACUAGGCUGCUUCUCCCAGCCAGCUGACCCUAGUGUUACCCUUUACAAAGGCAAAGCAACUUGCCGAUCACCCUCCUGGGAAAAUCUUCAGAGCUGGGAGCCUGCUACCUGCCGCAGCCGGCCGUUGGGAGCCUCAGGCUGUCCUGAGAUGAAAUUUCAGAAACUGGCCACCAGAGCUUUCCAGAUUUUAUCAUGUGGGCAUCCUGCUGCAACUGGUUCUGCUUGGAUGGACAGCCUGAGGAGACACCACCACCGCAGGGAGCCAGGACACAAGCCUAUUCCAACCCUGGGUACAGCUCCUUCCCUUCCCCCACAGGCUCGGAACCUAGCUGCAAGGCCUGUGGGGUCCAUUUCGCAAGCACCACCCGGAAGCAGCAGACCUGCUUGGACUGUAAGAAAAACUUCUGCAUGACUUGCUCCAGCCAAGAGGGGAAUGGGCCACGCCUCUGCCUUCUCUGCCUACGCUUCCGAGCCACGGCCUUUCAGCGAGAGGAGCUCAUGAAGAUGAAGGUGAAGGACCUGAGGGACUAUCUCAGCCUCCAUGACAUCUCUACUGAAAUGUGCCGGGAGAAAGAAGAACUGGUGUUUCUGGUGCUUGGCCAGCAGCCUGUAAUUUCUGAGGCGGACAGGACUCGUGCUCCCACCUUGCCCCAGGCCUUCCCUGAGCAGCAGGCCUUCUUGACCCAGCCUCAGAGCAGCACAGUACCUCCUACCUCACCUGGCCUCCCUUCUUCACCUGCACAAGUCACCUCUGUGUUAGCCCAGGAUCAGGAAACUCAGCAGGCCAUUGGCCAUGUGUCUCAGGACCACGAGGAGCCCAUCUUCCUGGAGAGCACAGCCAGAGUACCUCCUGAGGAUGAGACCCAGUCCGUUGACUCAGAGGACAGCUUUGUCCCAGGCCGGAGGGCCUCGCUGUCUGACCUGACCCACCUGGAGGACAUUGAAGGCCUGACCGUGCGGCAGCUGAAGGAGAUCCUGGCUCGCAACUUCGUCAACUAUAAGGGCUGCUGUGAGAAGUGGGAGCUGAUGGAGAGGGUGACUCGGCUAUACAAGGAUCAGAAAGGACUCCAGCACCUGGUGUCUGGUAAUGAAGACCAAAACGGGGGAGCAGUGCCUUCUGGCCUGGAGGAGAACCUGUGUAAGAUUUGCAUGGACUCACCCAUUGACUGUGUUCUGCUGGAGUGUGGCCACAUGGUGACCUGUACCAAGUGUGGCAAACGCAUGAACGAGUGUCCCAUCUGCCGGCAGUAUGUGAUCCGAGCAGUGCAUGUCUUCCGGUCCUGAGGGCUAGCAUUGGCUUCUUCAGUGCCUUACAGGACAUAGCCCAAGAUGUCUGGGCUCGGGGUUGGUCCUAUGCACAAGGGCAGUCUAUUGUGAGAAACUGGCAGUGUUCUAAGACUAGGACAAAAGGAGGUGCCUAGCAUGCCUGUUUUAGGUGGCAGAGCCCAAAACCAGUGGUAACUGGUUCAGAUCACAUGGGUGAAUGCCUGCUUCUGUGAUCUUUGGGUGGCGACGGUAAUCAAUGAAGAGGUCUUUCCGGAACGUGGACCAGUCUUCCUCCGCCCUAAGACAAAUUUUUCAUACAUCUGUAUACCACUCCUCCUGUUUUGUCAAUCAGAAGUCCUGCUGGAAAUGGUAUCUUUCCCCACCCCACCCCCAGCACAUUUGGAUUUAAAUUUAUGGUCUCUCUGGC